AUGAACGUGAGCGAAGCAAGAGCUCGAGAGCUUUGCGCAGCCUCAGAUCAGAUUAUCGCGCCCCAAUUCCGGUACACUUCCGACCCGGACUCUCAUCUUCCUGUCCACGCCAAGCGCUUUGGCUUCGGGGAUGCGUCUUCAAUGACGACGCCUGCGAUACGUAUUCCUUUCACGGGUCCAUUGCCGCCAGCUAUCAUUGUGCCCUCCGCUGCCGCCUCCCUCGCUGGUGCCAUCGAUGCCGUGAGCAACUUCUUCACGGCCCCGCCGUCUUCGACCCUGCGCGGGGUCGAUGUCGGCAGGCAUUCGCAGACAGUCAUCCUUUCCGGCGCAGGAAUCUCUGUCGCAUCAGGUCUGUCCGACUACCGAGGAGACCAGGGUACCUACCGACGAAACAAGUCCUACCGGCCGAUCUAUUUCCAUGAAUUUACGUCACAGCAUGAAUCGCGUAAACGGUAUUGGGCUCGGAGCUUUGUCGGAUGGCCAGGGCUCGUCAAGGCACACCCGAACUCAACUCAUUGGGCCAUUCGGGACUUAGCAGCCAAGGGGUAUAUCAGUUCGGUGGUGACGCAAAAUGUCGACUCCUUCCACUCCAUAGCUCACCCAGAGCUGCCUACCAUCGAGCUACAUGGAUACUUGCGAGCCGUUGUCUGUACCAGUUGUCACAACCAAGUCCCACGCGCCAGCUUCCAGUCCUCCUUGGAGAAACUGAAUCCAGCGUGGGCAGAGUUUCUUGCGCGCAUGGUAGAACAAGGGGCACUAGAUACUGACAAUCCAGAGGAGCAGCGGCGCAAGGGCUUGAGACUGAACCCUGAUGGUGAUGUGGACCUUGCGGAAGCGCCGUAUUCUACGUUCCGGUAUCCCUCCUGCCCAAAUUGCCUGGAGAGCCCUCCGAUCCUGAAAGACGGUACCAGAGGGCACGUCGAGGUGGAAAAUGACGGGGCCUGGCUGCCAACAUCCACCGCCGGUAUCCUGAAGCCUGCUGUGACCAUGUUCGGGGAAAAUAUCGACCCGGCAGUGAAGACUGCGGCUGAGGAAGCAAUAGAUGAUGCUGGGCGCCUCCUGGUCCUCGGGAGCAGUCUGGCCACCUACUCGGCCUGGCGCCUAGUCGAGCGCGCGCAGAAGCGAGGUAUGCCUAUAGGCAUCAUCAACAUUGGGGGUGUGCGCAAUGAGGCUGUUCUUUUUAGGGGUCUGACAACGGAUCAGACAGACCACGUUCGCUGUAGCCACCCCACGCAGUCGAUCUUACCAUCGGUCGUUGCGAGGCUACCCAGCAAUGUGUUUUGA